AUGUCCGCCGAACAAGCUGCAUUCACCUUCUUGCCUUUGGGCGCCAUCAUCCAAGAGUUCCGUGUCGGUGGCAAGAACAUCGUUUUGGGUUUCCCCACGCAGGAGGAUUAUGUCAAGCACAACUCCCCGCACUAUGGUGCCACCAUCGGCCGCGUUGCAAACCGCAUCAAGGAUGGCCUGAUUCAGGACUUGAAUGGCCAGAAGAUCCAAUUGACGCAGAACAACGGCCCCAAUUCCCUGCAUGGUGGUGAGAAAGGCUGGGGUAAGCGCGUCUUUGACGGUCCACACACCGUUCAGCGCAAUGGCCACGACGCCUUGCUGUUCAAGUACCUCUGCAAAGAUGGUGAGGAGGGGUACCCCGGUACUGUCGAGGUGCGCGUGUGGUACACCGCCAGCAAGGAGGGUGACGCCAAGACCGUCCUGACGGCCGAGUACGAGGUGGAAUUCGUUGGUAAUGAGUGCGAGGAGACUGUAGUCAACCUCACCAACCACAGUUACUUCAACAUCGGCGAUGGACCUGAUAUCUCAGGCACCACCGCUCAACUCGCUACAGGCGACUAUCUGCCCCUCGAUAGCACGGGUAUCCCUUCAGGUGGGAUCGCCAAGUUCCCCCGCGAUGUGACAACCCCGUUCACGCUCGCCGCAACGGGCGCACACAUCGACGACGUCUUUGUGCUGGAGUCCGAUCCCAGCAAGAUCCCGCUCGACACUCGUGGCUUACCGCUACGCCGCCUGGCACAGUUCAGCAACGCAAGCACGGGCCUACAUCUCGAGGUGCACAGCACUGAGCCUGCAUUCCAGUUCUACACUGGCAAGUACGUCGAUGUGCCGUCGAUCAAUGGUGCACCGGCACACCAUGAGGGAGCUGGAUUCUGUGUGGAACCUAGCCGGUUCGUGAAUGCGAUCAACGAGCCUGAGUGGCGGUCUAUGGUUCUUCUGAAGAAGGGUCAGUUUUUUGGCUGCAAGACUGUUUACAAGGCAUGGAAGGCUUGAUCCCAAU